AUGACCGAAGCUGCAGCACCCACAACCAACGGGUCUCAAGGUCAUGCGUUCGAGAAUGCAUUACAGACAUGGACCGAAAUUGACUUGUCCAGUUUACAAAGAAAACUCGAUGAGCAAGGUAUCGAACUCAAGACCCAACAGAAACAGUCUUUAGCAUCCAGAAAGGAGCUUGCCUCCAAAACGAAGGAGUUUAAGAAGUUGGACGAUGAAACUAAGUUGUCGGAGCUUAAAGGUAUUCUUAAGAUGUACCAGAACGAGAUCGAUUCGUUAACCACAAAGCAAAAGAAAGUUGAAAGCUUCUUUUUUGGUUUUUACAGGCUCAUUGCAGAGGCUCCCGACCCAAAACCAUUAUUGGAGCAUUCAUUGGAUGCUGUCAUCGAGGUGGGUGAAAUUUCAUCUCUCAAGCAAGAAGUUUCGAAGUUGAAAGACGAGUUGUCCAAAAAGGCCGAUUACGACAUUCUCAAGCAGAGAUUAUUGCACAACGAACAGAAGGCAGCCGAGCUCCUUAGCGCCAAGUUGAAGUCUCAAGAAGAGGAAUUCAAUGCGUUGAUUGAUGAAAAAGAGUCAAAUUGGCAGAGUAUCCAGAAACAGCAUGAAAGCCAGAUUGCAAGCUACAAGUCAACAGUGGAAGAGUUGAGAACAUCAAAGGAGGUAACUGAGUUGCAACUCAAUUCGCAGAACAGGCAGCUAGGGGCCACUGAAGCUUCUUCUGUUAGUGCCGCAGAGUUGGAUAUGGUGACCAGAGAUUUGGAGACGUGGAAAAAGAGAGUGUACGAGCUUGAAAGGAGGAAUGAGGAUUUGCGUAGAGAAUUGACAGUUUCCAAGACGGACUCUGACAAGGAGAUCUUGAAGCAGGAGUGCUCCAAGAAAGUGGCUGAGGUUGAGGGAGAGAACGCCCUUUUGAUUGCCAACUUAAACCAGGUGAGAGCAACGCUCGAAGCCAAUAACAAGGAACACGAAGCCAAAUUGCAGAGUGUGAACCGUGAUUUGACCCAAAGUGUCCAGGAAAUUAAAAAUUUAAAGGAGCGUCUUGAAAAGACUAGCGACUACGAUGAAUUAAAACAUGAGUUGACGUUGAUCCGUCAGAUCGAGUUUGGUGAAGGCGCUCUCGAAGAAAAGGACAUUGACUCCUUGUUAAUUGAGCGCAAUAAGGCUUUGACAAGAGAGCUUGCUGAUUUCAGAUCACAACAUGACGGAUACGCCGCUGAGAUUUCCCAAUUGAAUCAGGAAUUGCACCUUGCUAACCAAGAACUUGCACGCUUCCAAGAAUUGAAUUCAAGACUUGAAAACGACCUAGCAAACAUGCAAGAAGCCUCUGGGUCGGCAUUCAAUGACACAGCCAGUAUCAUGUCUGGCAUGACAAGAAUGACUAGACAGACAGGAAGAGGAAGCAUUGGAGGUGGUCUCAGCACUAUUGAUGAGUCCUCAAUCUUGCCUAUUAUAACUAAACAGAGAGACCGUUUCAGGGAGAAGAACAAAGAAUUGGAAGACGACCUCAGGAAGCAGAUUAUAACGGUGCAAGAGUUAAAGAGGAAGAACAAGGCCUUGCAAGCAGACAACGAGGAGCUUUACGAGAAGACGAGAUAUAUGGCACUGAUGAAGAAUUCUGAUCCGUCUUCGUCUACUGCUGCGUCGAGAAAGCUUCUCACUCCCAAAACCAACACCGUAGAUUUGGAGAAUCCAUACCGCGCUAGCUACGAGUCCAAAUUACAUCCAAUUGAGGAGUUCCGCAGAAGAGAGCAAGAGCGUGUGAACUCUCGGCUUUCGCCCUUGGAACGCUUGUUCAUUUUUGUCACUCGUUCCAUUCUUGCUACUAGAUUCACUAGAAUGCUCUUUUUGGCAUAUUGUGUGUUUCUCCAUGUAGUGGUGAUGUUUACUACCGUUCACUCCAUUAAUCUCAGUACCCGCAUGAUUCCAGAAGUUGGACUCAAUCACAGCACAGGAGGAGUGGCAGACACAUCGAAUGAGAAGGUUCUUCAAGCUGCUCCAAUGAAGUAA